GUUGCAUAAUAGCAAACAAUUUCUCUCGCGAUACGCUUCCAUCUUGCCACGUUCUAGUAUUGGAAUUGAAAGCGACAAAAGAGGCGGUUCUUAACCUGCGGGUAUCCACACGAUUGAAUAAGACAGACAUCUUGUUGUUGUGAUUGGAUACCUUUGCUUUUUCCUCCGCCUACAGAUAUUUCGUAAGAUCAACACUGGCUACUACCCGAGUCACUCAAAGCUGAAAGGGUUGCCAGGGCAUCAGUGUUCGGAGAGGCUGAGGGAUUUGAUUUUAGCCAAUAGGUUAAAAUUAGAAUUUAGCAGCACAUUUGAAUCGAUUUGAACAGCGAGAAGUGCAGUCAGUCUCUCCUGCAAAAAUGGCUCAAAAGAAAAAUGCACGGGCACACAAAAAAGGACUAGAUGCCAAGCAGCAGUCAGCUAGCAAGAAUGGAAAAAAGUCAGAUGGGGCCACAUCCUUCUUCACCUGGUUCAUGGUCUUGGCUCUCCUUGGUGUUUGGACCUCGGUGGCUGUUGUCUACUUUGACCUGGUAGACUAUCAAGGUGUUAUUGGCAAGCUUGUAUCCUUCGAUGCUGAUGGUGAUGGUGACUUCGAUGUGGAGGACGCUAAAGUGCUUCUUGGACUGAAAGACAAACUUUCCGCUGUGGUGGAGCCUGCCGAAGAAGAACCAGCUGCAGCAUCUCUGGAUCAAGCACCAAAACCCGAACUUGUUGAGGAGGAAGAGACCAGUGUCACAGAAGAGGAGGUAGUUCCUCCUGCACCUGAAAUACCAGAAUCAGAUAUCGUGUCGGAGCCUGUGCAGGAGGACACAGAGGUGCCAGACCUUGUUGAGGAUGAGGUUGGAGAAGAAGGAUCAGAUGUUGCUGAAGAUGAACAGGAGGUUGCAGAGGAAGAGCCUGUUGUCCUGGAGGAGGAAGAGGAGAUUACAGAGGAACCCGAACCAGUUGCAGAAGCUGUGGAGGCAGUUCCAGUGGAAUUGGAAGAUGAGGCUGCCCCUGAGGUGGGAGCUGAAGAGGAGAUUGCCCCAGUUGAUGCUGAGGUAAUUGAAGAUACUGCAUCAACAGAGGAACCCGUAGAAGAGCCACAAGUGGAUGCAUCAACUGCAGAAGGUGUUCCGACAGAGGAGGCUGUUCUGGAAGAAGAGCCCUUGCCAGUAGAGGAGGCUAUUGCUGAUGAAGACCGAGUUGCAGAAGAAGAUGGUACUGUUGAAGUAGAUGCAGCCAUAGCGGAGGAAGAGUCUGCUCCAGAGGAGGAGGCUACUUCUGAACCAGAUGAAGUUGCAGAGGAAGCCGUUCCAGAGGAGGUGGCCCCAGUCGAGGAAGAGGAGGUGGCCCCGGUCGAGGAAGAGGAGGUGGCCCCGGUCGAGGAAGAGGAGGCGGUCCCGGUCGAGGAAGAGGAGGCGGCCCCGGUCGAGGAAGAGGAGGCGGCCCCGGUCGAGGAAGAGGAGGCGGCCCCGGUCGAGGAAGAGGAGGCGGCCCCGGUCGAGGAAGAGGAGGCGGCCCCGGUCGAGGAAGAGGAAGCGGCACCAGUCGAGGAAGAGGAAGCGGCACCAGUCGAGGAGGACACUCUUGUCAAUGAGGUUGUUGAACAAACUGAAACAGUCGAAGAGCCCAUUGAAGAAUUGCCGGUUGUAGAAGAGGCUCUAGAAGUGGCUGCAGUUGAAGAGCCUGACAGUGAAGACCUUGAAGGUGCAGCAGAUGAUACAAUGGCAGAUGUACCACAAGAGGAUGACUUAACAGAGGAAGCAGAGGAGGCCGUUCAACCAGAGGAACAGAUUCAAGAUGAACCAUCAGAAACGUAAAGUAUGGUUGCCUGGUGAGGGUCUGAAGGCUUGAGGACCUCUCCACAUCACAUUCCACUGAACCGGUGUAGCUGCCAAUUCCCACCAGACAAAAGAAGAGGAGACUAGAAUGCGUUUGGAUAUUUUUAUAUGUAAUUACUUCUUAUUUGUCUGUUUUAUGGUUCAGAAUUCUGAAAGGGUUUUUUUGUUAAUUGUGUUUAAUUAGUUUGGUUUAGUGUGCUGUCGGAUUGAAUAUCUUUCUUCAGAAACUUUUCAUUCAGCAACAUUCCUCUCAGAGAAUAGUAGUUUGUGAAACCUGUUUUUUUUCCCCCUUUUUGUUUGUUUUUGUUUGUUUCUUGAGGACACAGCAGAGGUACAUGUUGCUUUGCUCUUUCUGUUUCUUCACAUUAUACCCUCAACAGUGUUCAACAGCUUAAUUUCUUUACUGUGCUGAGUCUCACUUUACAUGUUAUAUUGAGGUUUGUCCAGUUAAUGUGAAGCUACUAUGCAAAGCUGCACUGAUCUUCAGCAGUGAUGUUAAAGGAGAAUGCCACCCUCAGGAGUCCUUGAGUCACUCCCCACACUCCUCAGUUAGAUAAAUGAGCAAAAGCGUUUUGUAGCUAUUGAUGUACAUUAGUACAGCCACUGUGCUAAAGCAUUUUCAUUAACUCAAUCACUUCAUGUUAAUGUACAGGUCACGAGAAGUACAAAUAAUAAUAUGAAGUAGCGCAAAAGGACUGACUUGGUCAAUGUACAUUUUGAACAAUGUUCUGGAGAAGCACCAUUACCAAGCACAAAAAAAUCCCAAACAUGGUACUGAUGCAAAUGAAGGUUUUCAGAUGGUAUGUGAUGUCCAAAUGUAAUUUUGCCUUUUCAAUCCCUUCAUAUUCGGUUGUAUUGUUGUAAGGGGACUUUUUGAGUGAUUUUGAAUCAGUUUUACAACGAUUGGAUCAGAACAGGCACUGUGAUGUGUUGUUACCAGCUAACAUACAGAUAAUAGUAGCGGUGCGAUGCUAGAUUAGUACAACAGCUGGGUUGACGAGCAAGUAAUCUAACCUCUAGGGACUACAGGGAGUGACUCAAUUUGCCAUGGGGAUGGCAUGUUCUUUUAAAGUAUUCAAUAUAGACUCUAAACUUUGUGCAUAUCGUAGGCGUGUUUAUGCUGGCAGAUUUUCAGAUUUUCUAUCUGGGCGUGUAUGUGUAGGUUUAUGUACAAGAGUAAGUGUUUAUUGUCUUGAAAAUAGGCGUGUGUGUGUGUGCGUGUGUGUGCGAGUGCGCGCGCGUGCGUGUGUGUGUGUGUGUGUGUGUGUGCGUGCGCGGGUGCGCGUUUGCGUGUGCGUGUGUCCCUUUCUGUGAUUUGAGUUACUUUUUUCAACACCUUGAACCUCCUUGGACAUCCUAAAACCUUUUCAAUACUUAAAGUGUUUCAUGUGCAUACAGGGAUGAAAAACUUUUAGUAAAUGUGCUCAUUGUCUUGUCAAGCUAACAGUACUGCCUAUCAAAGAGCCCACUAUUUGUAUAUUACCUCCAUCUCUGAUCUGAUUCAAUUCAUUUUAUCUGUCACAAUGUAGACUAUACCACUGUUCUGACUAAUGGAGAUUUUUUUUGUGAGUGGAUCAAUCCAUAACCCUGUUUGAGGUCACUGAAUGCUGAUUGAGAAAAUGUGAUGUAGCGUUGCAAUGCAAUAGUAGGCCUAUCUAACAGUAAUUGAAUGGGGGCUGACCAUGUUUUUGCCCCAUUUAGCUUUUUCUUUCUACUACCAACACCGCUCUGUGACCUAAAACUACAGGAAUAUGGUCUGAUUGACACCAAGCUUGUAUUUUUAGUGCGCGAUUCGAUAUGGAGACUUCAGUAAUACCUCUUUUAACACAGUGGAUGAACUGUUUUAAAAUGAAGAUUUUGGUGGUGUUGAGCCACAUACUCAGUGACCCUAGUUGAAAAAGUUUGAUACAUACAGUCACACCUUAAACUCAUACACGACAUCUUGACCUCAUUGAAAUGUGUCAUUUGUUCCAUCUUUAAAUGACGUGCGUCUGUCAUGUUGGCUAUAUGAAUUCGAAACACAGAUUUUUUUCUCAUUUUGUAUACAACAGCAAUUGACAUGUUCAUUUUUUAAAAUUACUAUGGAAUGUUCAGAAAAAAAACUGAAUUCUGAAACAGUCUAGUGGAGGGAGAUGGGUGCAGAGCCUGUUAAGUUUGCCUGCCCAAAUGGGUAAUUUUUUUAUGGGGCAGCUUUGAAUCUGACUUGUAUUACUCCCUGAGCCAACUCCCUUUCCCCUUCGCCUCUCAGUUCCUGUGUCCCAUCUUUAUUAACCUCUUCAAAAUAAGAAAAACAUAACAUAUGAGGCAAAGAAUAGAAAUGGGGACACAAUCGGUUUUUAAGCGCAUUUGGUUGCUCGGAAACAAAGGGCAGUAGCAUUAAAACAAGUUGGUGUACCUUCUACAUUUGUGAAGAUAUGAUUAUACGUUUUUGCUAACAAUGUAUAGGUCUUCUGAAGGGGCUAUAUUGUACUCGGUAUAAAAAGUAUAUUAAGUUGUUUGCACAAAAUCACUGUCACUUGAAGGACAUCUGACUAGUUAAUUUGUUUACCUUUCAUUGUUUGGGUCUGCUGGGUUUGACCAUACACAGUAGAGAUCCAAGUAACUGGCUGAGAAAAACAAUUGUAAAUUCAGAAUUUGGCACAAGACCAUUUCUUGACUUAAUAUUUUAAAAAGUACCCCUUAAAAGCCCUGGUCAAAAAUGUAAAGAGACAUACCUAGAUAUGAAUGACACUGAAGUCAUGGUUUAAGUCUGUUGUUAUUAAGUGUGUGUAUGUCUACUGACAGGACAGUCAUACUCGUUUUGAGUGACCCGCUAAUGUUGUGUGUUUUGUGUACGCACACACACGCACGCUUCAUAUUCAUAAGUUCCUAACAUAUUUAUAGAAUGCUCAGACCAUAGCCCGACAUGCCAAGCUAUAACAUGAAAAGUUUGGCAGCAAAACAGAAAAGCUGUGGAAUCAACGGUAGGCUCCGAAACCCUUUGUUCUCAUGGGCACUGUCUGUCAACAGAUGAUCGAGAGCUUGUCUGACAGAAUGGGGGUCUUUUCAUGUCUUUCCGUGUGUUCAGCAGUCUGCUUGGCUGCUACAAUCCCGCUCAGCCUGAAAAGUUGAAUAUUUUCUUUAUGUUGGGGAAGGCAACUGAGCUGACGGUGACCCAAAACGUUUUGUGUCUGGCAACAGAUUACAUUGACUUUAGCAUGGGGCAAACAGUGAAUGUAGGGUGGUGAUUUGCAACUCAAAUUUCGACAACAAAAAAAUGUUAUUCACAGGCGGGACGUUGUGAUUGAAGGACAGACCUUGAGUCUUCUUGGACUCUAGAUGGUGCAGUACUGCACCAGCUCGCCAAGGGAAAAUAUUUUCUGCCAUUAGGCGGGUUGAUCUAGUUUACUAGACCAUUUCCGUCAUUUUUAUGCAGACAUUUUAAAGACUGCAGUAUGUCUGUCUUGCAAGGCAUUUCGCUGACUCACUUUAUUUCGCUGUAGUGUCCAUUAAUGCACCCUCAACAUAUUUUGCCUGGUGCCUGACAGAAGAUGUUGGAAUACUGCAUUGCAAAAGUCUUGUUCAAUGAAUUAAACAAUAAACUCAGAACAAAGGACAUUGGUUUUAAAACAGUUUGAAAGAAAUUUCUGGAUUUUGUAUUAAAAAUUACAUCUUUUUUACUUAAAGUAUAUAGAUAUACUUUAAUGUUGUGGUGAACUGUGGAAAAUCUGCUUUAAUAUUGGGGAGCAUACGUUCUUCAACGAAUUGUAAAAAAAAAACGUUUUGAUUUAAACAAAGAAGUAGGAGAAGAAAAAUAAUAAUUAAAUAAAAGCCAUACGUGAAAAGUGGUGAUUAGCAGCUUAGAAAGGAUAAUCUUUACAAGGGAAACACAUCACAGAAGUAGCAAUAACAGUCUCUCAAGUAUCUGUGCAGUCAUAUUCGAACAGAAAUUUUGUCAAACUGCAUUUUUCUCUGUCAGAGGUUUACAUAGAAUCCUGCUGUAAAAGCUGACCAAUGUUAAGUUAUUGUGAUCUUCUCACAUUUGUCACAAUUGUACAUUUCUGUUUGAGUACUGCAAUAAAGGUUUGGGACAACAACCGUUUACCCUUG